GGAGUGUCAACAUGCAAGAUGGCGGCCCAUCACCGGCAGAACACGGCAGGGCGGAGGAAAGUGCAGGUUUCCUAUGUUAUUCGAGAUGAAGUGGAGAAGUACAAUCGAAAUGGAGUCAACGCCUUGCAGCUGGACCCAGCACUCAACAGGCUUUUCACGGCAGGGCGGGACUCCAUCAUCAGGAUUUGGAGCGUCAACCAGCACAAGCAAGAUCCAUACAUAGCCUCUAUGGAGCACCACACCGACUGGGUGAACGACAUCGUGCUCUGCUGUAAUGGGAAAACACUGAUAUCUGCUUCCUCUGACACGACAGUAAAAGUAUGGAAUGCACAUAAGGGGUUUUGCAUGUCAACAUUAAGGACACAUAAGGAUUAUGUAAAGGCCUUAGCGUAUGCCAAGGAUAAAGAACUGGUAGCGUCGGCUGGGCUGGACAGACAGAUAUUCCUGUGGGAUGUGAAUACUCUAACAGCACUGACUGCCUCAAAUAACACUGUCACAACUUCUUCUUUAAGUGGGAACAAAGAUUCCAUUUAUAGCCUGGCGAUGAAUCAACUGGGAACAAUCAUUGUAUCCGGGUCCACUGAGAAGGUUUUAAGAGUGUGGGAUCCAAGAACGUGUGCAAAACUGAUGAAGCUUAAAGGGCACACAGACAACGUGAAAGCGUUGCUGUUGAACAGAGACGGCACCCAGUGCCUUUCCGGCAGCUCUGAUGGGACCAUCCGCCUUUGGUCCCUGGGUCAGCAGAGGUGCAUAGCAACGUACCGAGUCCACGAUGAAGGCGUUUGGGCUCUGCAAGUCAAUGACGCCUUCACACACGUGUAUUCCGGAGGAAGGGACCGGAAGAUUUACUGCACAGACCUAAGGAACCCUGACAUUCGAGUGCUGAUCUGUGAAGAAAAAGCACCCGUUCUCAAGAUGGAGCUUGAUAGAUCAGCUGAUCCCCCUCCUGCAAUCUGGGUGGCGACAACUAAAUCUACAGUAAAUAAGUGGACAUUGAAGGGAAUUCACAACUUCAGAGCCUCCGGAGAUUACGACAACGACUGCACAAACCCUAUAACACCCCUUUGUACACAGCCUGACCAGGUCAUUAAAGGUGGUGCUAGUAUUAUUCAGUGCCACAUUCUGAAUGAUAAGAGACAUAUAUUAACCAAAGAUACCAAUAAUAAUGUGGCGUAUUGGGAUGUAUUGAAGGCAUGUAAAGUGGAAGAUCUGGGCAAAGUGGAUUUUGAAGAUGAAAUUAAGAAAAGAUUUAAGAUGGUUUAUGUGCCAAAUUGGUUCUCAGUAGACUUAAAAACAGGGAUGCUGACAAUUACUUUGGACGAGAGCGACUGUUUCGCCGCUUGGGUGUCUGCAAAAGACGCCGGCUUCAGCAGCCCCGACGGCUCAGAUCCGAAACUGAACUUAGGAGGACUUUUACUCCAGGCCCUCCUAGAGUAUUGGCCCAGAACACAUGUGAAUCCCAUGGAUGAAGAAGAAAAUGAAGUCAACCAUGUGAAUGGGGAGCAGGAGAACCGAGUACAGAAGGGAAACGGAUAUUUCCAAGUGCCCCCCCACACCCCUGUGAUCUUUGGUGAAGCUGGAGGCCGCACGCUGUUCAGGCUGCUCUGCCGGGACUCCGGAGGGGAGACCGAGUCGAUGCUCCUGAACGAGACGGUGCCGCAAUGGGUAAUUGACAUCACUGUGGAUAAAAAUAUGCCCAAAUUCAACAAAAUUCCUUUCUACCUCCAACCUCAUGCAUCUUCAGGAGCAAAAACCUUGAAAAAAGACAGACUGUCUGCUAGUGACAUGCUCCAGGUCCGGAAAGUGAUGGAACACGUUUAUGAGAAAAUCAUCAACUUGGAUAAUGAGUCUCAAACCACCAGCUCUUCUAACAAUGAAAAACCAGGAGAACAGGAAAAAGAGGAGGAUAUUGCUGUGCUGGCAGAGGAGAAAAUUGAACUUUUGUGCCAGGACCAGGUUCUAGAUCCAAACAUGGACCUUCGGACAGUGAAACACUUCAUAUGGAAGAGUGGCGGUGACCUCACCCUCCACUACCGACAGAAGUCCACGUGAAGGGCGGGUGAGCCCCCUGCAUAUUGCGUACUGACCUUCCUCUGGCCCUGAGAGUAGUCCUAGGAAGCCCACUGAGCCCCAGCGGGGCGACUGCUACCGGCCGCUUGGGUAUGGACCAAGAUUCUCUUUCCACUGAAGUGACUAAUCGAAAUGUAACAUAGAAACCAGCCUCCUUGUGUAGAUUAAGCUGUCCCCAGGGAGGCAGAGGACGAGAGCAGAAGACUCCCCGGCCAGCUGUGUCUUGUGGGGUGUACAGAGAACCGACGGCAGGCCAGGCCGCGCGCACUGGGCUUCCUGCUUUUAUCUCAAAGGACCAUAUCUCUGUCUGUUAGCACUUGUUAGAGACACACCGGUAAGGCCCUGCGUGUCACUGUGUUUCAACUUCACACACGCCGUGUAGCUCUUCUGAGAGUACAUUCCGUUCACGCGGUACCUAGGAAGGCUUUUCCAAGUUUGUCAUUAAAAACAAAUUUUCACCAUUUAAGACAGUUAUUUGUAAUAGGAACUUGCCAUUGCACAAUUCUAGAGCCAGCCCAUUUCAUAAUGACUGUUGUUGGGCUAGUUUUUAACACCGCCCCCGGGACGUGCUCUCCUGGGAGCGUGCGUCGGGACGUCCGGGGGCCGGAGCGCAGCGCUCGGGGCACUGGGCCCAGAGAUGCCGCAGCGCCCCCAGGCCCCGGGCUGGACCCCAGGCCCCGGGCUGGACGGCGGCCACGGGGAGGCGGCUGUUUCACGCCGUCCUCCACUGUGUCGUUUGUUUAGGGGCAAACCUAGGCGACACCCCAGGUUAGCACUCGGGGUGAGCAGCAUGGCACCAUCAGAACUUAAGACCAUGGUGAAAUUUAGACUUCAUUUAAAUGCUGCCUAAAUGUACGGUGUCAGUAGGAUGUCAUGGUGAGUUAAUUUGAUAAUUCACGGCCUGGAAAUAUACGUACUUGCUUUUCCAGAGUUUUAUAUGCAGUUUUUUUGUUGUUGUUGUUGUACCUAUACCCAGAUUUCUUUUCACUGUUCUAACAAUCUAAAGCUUUCAGAGACUCAUUUGGAUCUUGUACAGAAUAUAACUUAUUGGGGAUAAACACUUCAGCUUUUGGCAGAAGAACACACUUUGGAUUCUCCCCGAGGCCAUUUGUAUUCAGAGUAGAACAGUGGCCCACCGAUCAGACUCCCCGAGAGAAGCCUCCUGCAUGAAGCCAGAAGCACAAGUGCCUUCAGAGGGCAGUCUGUUCCAGCCCGGCAGCCUCCCCGCCCGUGCGCGGCUGUGCCACGGCCGCGGGCGCUGGGGAGGGGACGGGGAAGGGUCUCUUGUCUGCGCCUCCACAGGCGUAGACAGCUUGCACCUUCACAGGCGCAGACCUUCCUGUUCGAGAUACUCUGAUUCGCACAACUGCAGAGACAGGCUCCCCUCACUGCUGGGCAGCCUCCUGGGACAGUGGACGGGUCACGGCCUCUGGCUCUGUGAAGACACGGGCAAAGACGCGCCCCCUUUCCACUGAGUCCUCCUCCCUUGCGCAGAGCAGCCGGCUUCUUUUUUAAACAACCCUUUCUAUCUGUUGGAUACACCAGUGCACCUUGGGUGCACGUUUUUUAGCAAUAGUUGUGAAUUAAUGUCAAAAAAGAAAGAA